AUGAGUGGGCCACCAUCCACGUUUGAUGCCGAAAAGGCAGACAAUUUUGAAGACAUUGAGAAGCAGUUUGCAGUCAAAGCCGUUCAACAUAUGUCUACUUAUUGGGCAAUCCUCGAGAAAGUCCGCGGAUCCGCUCUCCGACUCACGAAGAUUGAUACCGAAAUCUACGAACAUUUGAUGAAGGAUUUCCCGGAUUUCGAUCCGUCCGUUACAAUCAACGAGGAUGAAAUGAAGAGCAAGGCCGGAAAGGAGAGGUGGAGGAACUUCAUGAUGGCUUAUGAGAAGAAGGUUGAGGACUAUAAUUUUGGAACCAUGUUGAGAACGAAUCCAAAGUUCGAAUAUGGAGAAAAGGAGACCAUCUUUGUCCCAAGAAUGCAGUUUUAUGCCGUCGAGAUUGCGAGAAACCGCAAAGGGUUGAACGAUUGGAUUUACGAAAAAGAGGCCGAGAGAAAGGCUCUCGAAGAAAACAAGUCUUAA